AUGGAGAGCCAGAUGAGGUCACCAAUUUUUCCACUGCCUGCACUGCCUUCACCACCACAAUCUCCUCCACUCCGUCCACUUUGUGCAUCGCAAUUUGCACUAGCAAACUAUGCUUGUGGACAAUUGCGUACCCAACCAACACUUCCAUCGCUGCCGAAUUCAUUGCUCCCUGAUCGUGAUGAAGACGACGAUGGGAGUCACCAAAGACACAGCCACAGGCAUGGCCAUUCACACCGGCACCGGCACGAACUCACUGCUUCGGAGCGGAACUGUUGCCGUUGGGCUAGGGAAAUGGACAGCCAAUGUGUGUGUGAAGUUCUACUUAGGUUGCCUCUUUCCCUUAGUAGACCUCGGCAUAGGUUCACAGUCAGCAUUGGAGAAUCUUGUGAUGUCACUUACACUUGUGGGGGGACACGAUGA